AUGCAGGAAGAGAAGAAGGAAGAGGCAGAACAAAUGCACUGGAUGACGGAGAAAGAAGCGCAAAUGGAAAAGGGGAACUUUGAACGCAGAAACAAAGAGGCUGGGCCUGUGGGGAAAAAGUUGACCAAAAGUGUUGACGAGACCAUUCAAGGUACCGAGUGGGUACAGCUGGGCUCCACUAAUUACACUGCAAUCGACCUGGUACCUGACAGGUAG